GUGAUCACUUUUCUACCACAACACCGCAAUCAUGGCUGACAAGGGUUUGGAGGAGAUCCCCGAGGGACAGAUCGAGUCCAACUACGAUGAGAUCACCGACUCCUUCGACUCCAUGGACCUCAAGCCCGAGCUUCUUCGCGGUAUCUACGCUUACGGUUUCGAGCGUCCCUCUGCUAUCCAGCAGCGUGCCAUCAUCCCCAUCAUCAAGGGUAUGUAACGAUGUCAUCGCUCAGGCCCAGUCCGGUACUGGAAAGACUGCCACUUUCUCCAUCUCCGCUCUCCAGAAGAUCGACCACAACCUCAAGGCCUGCCAGGCCCUGAUUGUCGCUCCCACCCGUGAGUUGGCUCAGCAGAUCCAGAAGGUCGUCAUCGCCAUCGGUGACUUCAUGAACAUUGAGUGCCACGCCUGUAUUGGUGGUACCAACGUCCGUGACGACAUCACUGCUCUCCGCAACGGUCCCCAGGUCGUUGUUGGUACCCCCGGUCGUAUCCACGAUAUGAUCCAGCGCCACGUCCUCAAGACCGACCAGAUGAAGCUGUUCAUCCUCGACGAGGCCGAUGAGAUGCUUUCUCGUGGUUUCACCGAGCAGAUCUACGACAUCUUCCAGCUUCUUCCCCAGUCUACCCAGGUCACCCUGCUCUCUGCUACCAUGCCCCAGGAUGUCCUCGAGGUCACCACCAAGUUCAUGCGUGACCCCGUCCGUAUCCUGGUCAAGAAGCAGGAACUUACCCUCGAAGGUAUUAAGCAGUUCUACAUUGCCGUCGAGAAGGAGGAGUGGAAGCUCGACACUCUCUCCGAUCUGUACGAGACUGUCACCAUCACCCAGGCCGUCAUCUUCUGCAACACCCGCCGCAAGGUCGACUGGCUCACUGACAAGCUCACUGCCCGUGACUUCACCGUCUCCGCCAUGCACGGUGACAUGGAGCAGGGCCAGCGUGAUGUUAUCAUGAAGGAGUUCCGCUCUGGAUCUUCCCGUGUCCUGAUCGCCACUGACCUUCUGGCCCGUGGUAUCGAUGUCCAGCAGGUUUCCCUGGUCAUCAACUACGAUCUCCCCGCCAACCGUGAGAACUACAUUCACCGUAUCGGUCGUGGUGGUCGUUUCGGUCGUAAGGGUGUUGCCAUCAACUUCGUCACCGCUGAUGAUGUCCGCAUGAUGCGCGAGAUUGAGCAGUUCUACAGCACCCAGAUCGAGGAGAUGCCCAUGAACGUUGCUGACCUCAUCUAAACCCCUUAAUUCCCGAAUCACCUCAUGCCCCUCGAUGCGGAUUACGAAUGCAGUUG